AUGAAGGUGCUGCUAGCGCGCGCGGAUGAAGCGAUAAGAUCUAUCGCCGCCUGCGGCAUCCGCGGGGGGCCGACUCGCGCGCAGCUCCCCGCGCUGACGGCGGGCGCGCAGAACGCGCUGGCGGCGCUUGGGGGCGUCGAGCGGGAGUUGCGGUCACUGGCGGAAGAGAUGGCGGAGGGCAACGAGUGCGCGGUUGGGUCCCGCGAGGAGGGCGGCGACGGUGGAAGCGGAAGCUCCGCGCAGAG